AUGACGACAUCUUCCUCCGUCGUCAGAAUUCGACGACAUCUUCCUCCCUCUCUAGAAAUCGACGACGACAGCUCCGUUCCUCGCUGGAAAUUGACGGCGACAGCUCCAUUCGUCGACGACAGCUCCAUUCCUCCAUCCAGAACACUAAAAGACAUUGGGAUAAAGAAUAAAGAGAAGGCUGAUUCUAGUAAGUAUAAUACUCCCUACGGUGCUCCCGUACAUGAAUUUGAGGGAGACAUGUUAAAUGAAGAUAGUGAAGAGUUUCGUCCAUCAGGAAUUCACAUAAAUGAAGGUAGGUUUGGCAGUAAAAAACAAAGUACAAUGCUAGACAAAUCAAAGAGAAACAAAUCUAUUGGGGUUGGUGACUAUUUUGCUCCAAGGACAAUUGGUGGAUCUCAACCAUCAAUUAGGAGCUGUUUAGUUAGAAAAGAUGCGACGUGGAGAGCAGACAUGACUUUUGGAAGAUUCUUUUAUGAUGAUUGCAUCCCAAUUAAUGCUGUAAAUUCAAUUUAUCUUCAGCCCUUGAUGAAUGCUAUAACUGCAAUAGGGCAUGGGUAUAAACACCCAAAUUAUCAUGCUUUGCGUGUCAAUUUGUUAAGAGAUGCUAAGAAGGAAGUGCAGCUUCUUGUUGAUAGUUACAGAAAGAUUUGGAAAAAUGUUGGAUGUACCUUAAUGGCUGAUGGUUGGACUGAUAAUUCACAUAGGUCAUUGAUCAAUUUUAUGGUGUAUUGUCCUAAGGGAGUUUGUUUUGUGAAAUCAGUUGAUGCUUCAGAUGUUGUGAAGGAUGCUGGGACAUUGUUGAAGAUGUUUGAGGAGGUAGCUUUAUGGAUUGAACCAAAUGGUAUUGUCCAUUUUGUCUUAGACAAUGGAUCCAAUUAUAAAGCUGCUGGAAGAAUAUUGUCUGAGAAAUAUCUGAGUAUUACUUGGUCACCCUGUGCAGCACAUAGUAUAAAUUUGGUGUUAAAAGACAUAGUUGAGAUGGAUCACAUAGUUUAUCUUGCGAGACGUGCUUCUAAGGUGACGAAGUUUAUAUAUAAUCAUACAUUUUUGAUAGCUCGGUUGAGGAAAAGACAGGUAAUAUACCUUUAG